AUGGACUUCCGCCUCCUGGCCCGCGGCCUCCGCGCCAGGCCAACACCAUGGCUCCAACAGCAGACCCCAAUGCACCCGUUCGCCUCCCUCGCCAACGCAGUGCGCUACAAUUCCUCCACCUCAUCACCCAGCAAACCCUUCAAGCCCACAUCUCCCACCGACGAGCCCACCACAGUGCCCGAGGCCGCCAAGAAAACACAAAAGCCGACCUCCGACUUCGACGAUAUCCUCAGCAGACUUGAGCUAAACAAGCCCCGCGGCGCACCCUCCAGCCAACGCCGAGUCUUCUCAGAUGCCCUCUCCCGGGCCGUCGGCCAAGGCGCACAGAGCAGCCUCCGAUCACGCUCGCGCGCACCUCUGCCCACACGCAAGGUCGAGCUGAAGCUCGGACCUACACUUGGUCGACAGGCUCACGUUGAGCCUGAGCGUGGUACAGAUCUUGCCAGUGCGCUGCGGAAGCUUCACACCACUAUUGUGCAGAAUAAGAUUAAGCAGGAGGCUCAUGCUCAGCGAUUCCACAUUCGUAAGGGUAUGGUUCGCAAGCAGAAGAAGAUGCUGCGCUGGAAGAAGCUGUUCAAGUUCUCUUUCCAGGGAACUGUGCAGAAGAUCCAGCGGAUGCAGGCGCAGGGAUGGUAA